CUCCUCCCAGGCUCUGUGACAACCCCAUGUCGGAGGCCGCUGUGCAGUGCCUCGGAGCCGCCAUCGCCGGGAACCGCUCCCUGUCGCACCUGUCGCUCGCUCGCACCUGCCUGGGGGAUGUGGGGGUGGAAGCUCUGGCUGGACACCUGGAGGCCAACACUCACCUGAAGGAGCUGAACCUGGCCUACAACCAGCUGAGUGACCAGGCCGCACUCCGGCUAAUGGAGGUCGCCAAGAAACACCCGACCCUGGAGAAAGUCCACCUGUACUUUAACGAGUUGAGUGAUGCCAGCAAGGCCAGGCUGCGGGGGCUGAGGCCGGGCCGGGACGGUGUGCAGGUGCUGGUGUCGGUGACGGACGGCGUUGACAUCUCCGCGUACUGGGCCCUGGUCCUGGCCAACGUGGAGCGCAGCCCCGCCGGGGACCGGCAACUCAUCGCCGAACGACUCGCGCUCUUCCGGAAAGACCUGAGCGAAGGCCGGCAUCAGACGUGGAACCCGUGGAAGAAAGUCAAGUUCCUGCGGGUGGAGUACGGAGUCAGGCGGUUACUGAAGAAGAUCGAACGCGGAGCGUAGAGAAAAACAGGGGAGAGGGAGACGGAGGGAGAGAGGGAGAGUGGAGGGGGAGAGAUAUAGGCCCCAAUUCCAGCUCAGCCCUUCUCUCUCACUCACUCCAGUCCCUACUUUGAAUAACAAAAAACACUACCUUCACACUACCCCCCCCCCCCCGAAGCGUUCCACUGUCUCAGUUACACUCGGACCAGCGUGUGGGGGUGGGGGGGGAGUUGGAGGGAAGGGUCGUUUCCAUUCAGGCCACAAUGGGCCCAGAGUUACCACCUCGCUGGCUCCAUUCCUCGCCCUUCCUGAAAUGUUCAUGAAACCAAGAGAAUCUAACCUAAAUUUCCCCCUUUUCACACCGUGGGUGUUUUCACCCCUCUAUUAUUCUACCUUUACACACACACACACACACGCACACUCUCACACAAACUAACUCACACAUAACA